ACUAGUUAGUGGCUAACGACAACAAAGUAAGCGAUGCUUUGCGUUUCUUCCACGCGCACGUACUGUUGGCUACAAUAGCAAACGUGCGUGCGCGCUCCCGCUGUGUAGCGACAAGAUGGCGGUCGCCGCCGGAUCAGGCGUUAAAGUUCCCCGCAAUUUCCGGCUCUUGGAAGAGCUGGAGGAAGGCCAGAAAGGUGUUGGAGAUGGAACAGUGAGCUGGGGUCUGGAGGAUGACGAGGACAUGACUUUAACACGAUGGAGAGGUGUGAUCCUCGGCCCUCCAAGGACAAGCUAUGAAAACAGGAUGUACAAUCUGAAGGUUGAAUGUGGGCCAGGGUACCCAGAGUCACCGCCAUUUGUCAGAUUUGUGACCAAGAUAAACUUGAAUGGCGUGCACAACUCCAACGGUGUGGUUGACAUGCACGCGGUGACUGCGCUGGCUAAGUGGCAGAAUUCCUACAGCAUCCGGAUGGUGCUGCUGGAGCUGCGACGGCUCAUGACCUGCAAGGAGAACAUGAAGCUUCCUCAGCCACCUGAGGGCCAGAUCUACACCAACUGCUAAUUUUGCCUCCAUCAUUUUUCUCGUUUUAUUUUUAGGUUUUUUUUUUACCCUCCCCCCACUUGCUUUCGUCCCUUUUUUUUCUCCAUUUCCUGUCAUGUGACAUUCCACCUCUUGCCAGCACCUUGGCUGAGUGAACACACAGCGCAAGUAAACAAUAAAACAUACAUGCAGACAUUCAUACACAUCUGUGCACACAUGCAUAUCUAUAUAUCUGUACACACCCAUGUAUUGACCAUUUAUGAGUCAUUACAGGCCUCAGCCCCCUUUUUCUUCCAUCACUGGAGCUCUGGGUGGACUUGUGUUGAGGCAGGCGGAGUCCUCAGUCCACAUCAGAUAUGACCAUUCGAAUACUGUACAUCUUACUAAUCUUUUUUUUUUAUUAUUUGUUAAAAAUGCAGACUGUACAAUAACAUAAAUAAUCUUAUUGAGUGUA